AUGAAGCAAGGUGUCUUGUUGCCAACCAGAGUUAAGUUGUUGUUGGCCAAGGGUACUUCUUGUUACAGACCAAGACGUAACGGUGAAAGAAAGAGAAAGUCCGUUAGAGGUUCCAUUGUUGGUCCAGAUUUGGCUGUUUUGGCUUUGAUUAUCACCAAGAAGGGUGAACAAGAAUUCGAAGGUGUUACUGAUGCUACUGUUCCAAAGAGAUUAGGUCCAAAGAGAGCUAACAACAUCAGAAAGUUCUUCGGUUUGACCAAGGAAGAUGAUGUCCGUGACUUCGUUAUCAGAAGAGAAGUUACCAAGGGUGAAAAGACCUACACUAAGGCUCCAAAGAUCCAAAGAUUGGUUACUCCACAAAGAUUGCAAAGAAAGAGACACCAAAAGGCUUUGAAGGUUAGAAACGCUCAAGCUCAAAGGGAAGCUGCUGCUGAAUACGCCCAAUUGUUGGCUAAGAGAUUAGCUGAAAGAAAGGCUGAAAAGGCUGAAGUUAGAAAGAGAAGAGCUUCUUCUUUGAAGGCUUAA